GGCAAUAAAAAAACCCAGCGUCAAAACAUUCUAACCUAACUAAAACAUGUCAGACGGAGAGAAGAGGCCCCAGUUCGGCAAUAGAUUUUUAACCGAAGACUCCGAUGUUUUUGAACACAAUGCAUGGUAUGCGACAAAUAAUAUUCCCCUUUAUCCGCCGUGGAUUUUGUCACACGAGACACCGAAAAAAACCAAAAUACGGCUCGAGAUAUUUGCGGGACAAAAGUCAAAUAUUUUUGUUUAACGCAUGGGACGACGUGGACUGGGACGAGCAACAAGAGGCGGAAGCUGAGAAGAAAGUUUUGAAAAACAGUGAAGUAAAGUUUCCUCAAGAAACCAUAGACAAAUACGAAAAUGAAGCUGACCAAUUCUGGGAUCAGUUCUACGAAGUGCACGACAAUAAAUUCUUCAAGGACCGUCAUUGGUUGUUCACAGAGUUUCCUGAACUGGCAGUUGAAUCAGAUGGACAGAAAGUUAUUUUUGAAAUUGGCUGUGGAGUAGGGAACACAGUAUUCCCAAUUUUACAAUAUUGCAAGAGCGAGAAGUUGUUUAUUUAUUGUUGCGAUUUUUCGUCAAAGGCUAUUAAAAUCCUCAAGGAUACUCCAGAAUAUGAUGUGAAUAGAUGCAAUGCUUUUGUACUGGAUGCCACAAAGGAUGUGUGGGAAGUGCCUUUUGAAGAGAACAGUCUGGAUGUCAUUGUACUCAUAUUUGUACUCUCUGCCAUCAAUCCAAACAAAUUUAAAUAUGUGGUGAAUCAAAUAGCCAAGUAUUUGAAACCUGGAGGAAGAGUUUUAUUUAGGGAUUAUGGUAGAUAUGAUUUGGCACAAUUGAGGUUUAAACCAGGACGUAGUUUGGCUAACAAUUUUUAUGUCCGGGGUGACGGAACUAGAGUAUAUUUUUUUAAACAAGAGGAAAUAAAGGAGCUGUUUGAAGGAGCUGGAUUGAUAGAAGAAGAAAAUAGAGCAGACAGAAGGUUACAAGUUAAUAGAGGCAAACUUUUAAAAAUGUACAGAGUUUGGAUCCAAGCAAAAUAUAAGAAGCCUGAAUAAGUAAAA